ACAAGGCACAGCAUCCAUCCUCACGCGCUCACACGCUGCGUGAUCCCCAUCACAAACCGAGAGCUUUGCUGAGCCGAUGGAGUAGUAGUAUAGUAGUAGUGGGAGUGCUCACGGCUUCCUUUUCGCCCCUUUCUCCUCCUUUUUUUCUUCCAUGGAUUCGCCUUUUCUCUGGAAUAUUGCUUCAUCAAAUCGCGAGUGAGCUGCCGUGAAUCCUGAGAGGAGAAGUCUCCCGACAGGAGACAAGAUGGCGUCCAACAACACCCUGCGCAGCUACUCCAUCAUCCCAUGUUUCAUCUUUGUAGAGCUCGUCAUCAUGUCCGGCACGGUGUUGUUGGCCUACUACAUGGAGUGCACGGACCUGUUCAGCGUGCAUGUGCAGGGGUUCUUCUGCAAUGAUGCUGAGCUGAUGAAGCCGUACCCUGGCACGGAGGAGUCCAGCUUUGUCCCCCCUCUCAUCCUGUACUGCGUUGUUGCUGCUGCUCCCACUGCUAUAAUUUUUAUAGGAGAGGUGUCUAUGUACGUGAUGAAAUCGACGAGAGAAGCUCUCUUGGCCCAGGAGAAAACCAUUGUGACAGGAGACUGCUGUUACCUCAACCCCCUUAUCCGGCGCAUCAUACGCUUCAUAGGUGUGUUUGCAUUCGGUCUGUUUGCCACAGACAUCUUCGUCAAUGCGGGCCAGGUGGUGACAGGAGGUCUUUCGCCCUACUUCCUGUCUGUCUGCAAGCCCAACUAUACUGGCACAGAGUGCCGUUUCAAUCACCAGUUUAUCAUCAACGGCAACAUCUGCACCGGGAACCCGGUUGUAGUGGAGAACGCUCGUCGGUCGUUCCCAUCCAAGGACGCUUCACUGAGUGUUUACUCUGCAGUUUACCUGACGAUGUACAUCACCAGCACCAUCAAGACCAAGUCCAGCCGCCUGGCCAAGCCUGUGCUCUGUCUGGGCACGCUCUGUUCGGCCUUCCUCACUGGCCUCAACCGAGUCUCAGAAUACCGAAACCACUGUUCAGAUGUAGUGGCCGGAUUUAUACUGGGAUCGGCCGUUGCUCUUUUUCUGGGUAUAUGUGUUGUAAACAACUUCAAAGGCGUCCACAGUGCAGCAGCUAAACAGAAAACUGAAGACUACCGUGGUCUGCCUCUGAUGACUUUCCCCCGUGUAGAGAGCCCUCUGGAGACCCUCAGCGCACAGCAGUGACACAUGUUCAGAAGGCCAUAUAGGCAUGAUAUUUUGCACGACACCCCUUGUCCUUACAAAACACUCACACAGACCCCUCACACAGGGCACUCCUGAUACUGUCUGACAAUGAUUUCCUCUACCUCUUCAUUUCCACUCUUUUCCCUCUCCUUUAUCCUUUUACUUUCUUCCUUAUUUUUCAAUCCUCACACCUUUCUCAAUCUCUCCCUCCUCCCACAUCCAUUUUCAGAACCACUCAGCAUCGAUGACGGAGGUCACAUGACUAAGGGGGCAGCACCGGGUCACGUUUGCGUCUCCACAGCACUUCCAGACACAAUGACGAGGACGCAUGUCACGUGGUUCCGAAUGCUUAACAAAAAACACAACUAAUAUAUCUGUUUAAUUCACCUGGGGGACAAAAUACACCAUGUUUCUAAUGGUUCUCUUUAGUUGGGCUAUGCUCAGUUCAACCUGCCAAGGCACACCUAUCGCACCACUGGCAAAAAUAUCACAAGGCAACUUAAGCACAGAUUGUUUCUCCAGAUAGUUGAAACCAUUUAAAACAUGGGACGUUUUUUUUUCCCUCUGUGGUGCGCUGUUUGUAGUUAGAGGACAGUGUUUUGUACAUUUUGUAUGAGCGAGUGCUGUAGCCUAUCCUGACGAUGUUAAACCUGCGCACUUCCUGUCAGCUGACUCACUCUGUUUGACAUCACAUCCUGUCAGGUGACUUGCCUCGUCGAUCACCACAUCUAUUCCCCCUCUCAGUCUAAACAAUCUGCUAUGGAUAAAAUAUCGAUGUUGUUGUUCUGUGAUGUUUGUCAUUUGUACAGAAAAAAAGACAGAAUCCUUCUUUUUAUUAUCUCUCUGUACAUUAACUGACCGUGUCAGGUCACAUUUUGUAAAGAUUUUUGUCAAUCUGUAUGAUUAUUAUGAUCCAUUUGGACCUGUUUGCCUGCUGUGUAAACCUGGAUAUGUUUUGGUAUCAGUUUAGGUGUUUUGGGGAAUGAACCCUCUCCCCUUUGGAGGAAACGACAAGGAAGAGUCAGUGACAUCCUCCGAGUCAGAAAAUGGGGUCUUGGCAAUUGUGGCGCCAUGCUAUCAGCCACAAUGAAAAUGAAAUAUGAUAGGUUGAAAUUCGCACUAUAAGUGUGUUUCACCCCAAUUUCCUGAUUCACUGUGAUGUUAAUAGGAUUUUUUUCUACAGAGAGGUCCAGUGGGGCUAGCCUAUGCCAAAUCUACCUGAAGAUGUCACUGGUGUGGCAGUACAAUUAAAUUUAAACUGAAAUCCCAAUGGAAGAUAUCCUUAUAAAACUGACAGAAAA